AUUAAAAAGUUUCUUAUGAAAAUCGAAACUAAGAUAUUUCUAUAUCUAGACGUAAACAAAACGUCUAUUUCGACUCUGUCUGUCUGUAGAUCAACUCUAGAUCUAUCUAGAUUAUAAUAAACUAAGAUUGUUAUUCUGUUUAUCAACCUAAUAAUAAAUUUAGAAUUUACUUUAGACUGAAUUGUCACUGUCACUCAGUGUCUCUGCUGUGACUGUGUCAAACUGAAACUCUUGUCUGUCGUCAGUGUCGUGUCUCUCUGAAGUCUCUGCCUCUGCUGAGACACUGAGAGUCUUAGUCUGUGUGUGAGUCUCAGUCUGUCCAGUCCCGUGUCACACACUCAGUGACACUGACAGUCACAAGAAAUAGAUCUAAUCUAGACACAACUUUAACUAGAUCUAGAAUAUCUAGCUAACUUGUAACUAUUACUAUACAUACUAUACAGUGAAACUGAAUGACUGUCAGUAUCACUGACUCAACUAACUGAGUGAGGCUUAACAUUCAGCAAUGCCAAAAGUUGUCUCCAAGAGUGUGGUGUGCACAGACACAAAAGAUCAAGAGGAAUAUCAGGAUGAGAAGCCUCUGAAUGUGUACUAUUGUCUCUGUGGACAAAUGUCUCUUAUUUUAGAUUGCCCUCUUGAGAAGCUGCCACUGCGGAAAAGAGAUAGAGCAAGAGUAAUAGACAGUCAAAAACAUGCCCAUAAACUAACGUGUGAUCCAGAUGAAAUUGUCUACAUAAAAAGACCUGAAGGUCUGGAGAAACAGUACAGACAAAAAUGUAAAAGAUGUGGUCUCUUGUUAUAUUAUCAUCACCAAGGUAACAGUUCUGUGAUGUUUGUUGUGGAUGGUGCACUCAAACGAGAAGUGGAUGGAAUCAAAACAAAUGUCUACAGCCAGCUUCGAGAACCAAAGAAGGUGACUCUGACCAAACACACCAAGAACAUGGGCAAAUUUAGUUCAGUCACUGUGUCCACUGUGGAUGAGGAAGAAGAGGAACUGGAAGCUAAAGAAAUAGCUGACUCCUACGCAGCCAAUGCCAAAGUGAUAGAAAAACAGUUGCUCAGAAAAGGGAUGAGCAAGCGUAAGCUGAUGGAACAGGCCGAGGAAGAAGCCAAGAAAUUACGACCCAAAGGAACACUUAUUGAUAAAUAACAACAUUCGUUGGUUUGUGCUCAUGAAGGAACACUUAUUGAUAAAUAACAACAUUCUUUGGUUUGUGCUCAUGGCUUUUGUUACAUUUGUAAAUCUGAUGAAUCAGUGACUUUGACAUUAACGUGGUGAAAUGGAUGAAAUUAUAGAAUAAAAAGGGAUGUAAUUUUUCUUGGUAUCAUAAACUACUCUGAAUUUUAUAGUAAUGAAUGUUAUCAGACAUUAGGUGAUGUAUUUCAUGACAUUGAAAGCUUAGUGCUGAAACCAUCUUCACAGUGGGAUAAACAUGAAACUGCAUUGCAGCACUAGAGGACCAUAAGUUUUGAAUGAAAUAGUCAAGAAAAUAAGGGGAAAUUUAAGAAACACUGCUCGUGUGCUUGGGAGGUCUUGUUGAGUGUCAUAGUCCAGGGCUUGGGGGAGGAGUUACUAGUACCCUGGCCAGAGUAUGCUGAAAGCUUUGCUGAGUGCAUUGGUCUGGUCAGAGCAUGUCUUUAUUUCGAUUUUCUUUACCUAUGUUCUUAUCUCAAAAAACUAUUUGUAAGAGCUGCUUCUUUUUUUUUUUUUUUUUUGUUUGCGUUAUUUUUUACCAAAGCAGAUACUAUGUAAUUUGUGGUUCUGAAUAUAUUCAUUAUUAUUGUUUGCGGGGGGGGGGGGGGGGGGAUUUUUUUUAUCCAUUGAUAUUAUUAUGUUUUUAGAAAUCUCAGAGUAGUUAGUUAACAAUAAACCUUGAAAGUUUUUUUGUUUUUUUUUCACUUCAAAAAAUGUUUUUGUUAUAUGGUUUGAAAGUUCGUUGUAAAUAAUAAUAUAAUUAAAAAAGGUUUAAAAAUUA